AUGGAUGACGAAAUACCAGUUCGGGGUCAUUCAAGAGCAGAAGGGAGGACUAUCACUAAUCUUCAUCAUUACCGUGCAGAGAUUUUUUAUGUUGCUAUUGAUAAAAUAUGUGUGGAGAUGGAUCACCGCUUUAGUGAAGGAAGUAACGUUAUACUUGAUUGCUUCUCAUGUCUUGACCCCAAGAACUCUUUCUCCAAGUUUGAUGUUGAUAAGCUUGCUCGUCUUGCUGAUAUUUAUCAUGCAGACUUUUCUGAUGAUGACCGAGGAACAAUUAGGGAUCAACUUGAAACUUAUGUGCUUCAAGUGAGAAGAAAUGCUUCUUUUUCCACUCGUGAAGAUGUUCAAAGUUUGGCUAUGAAGAUGGUUCAAACUGAGAAACAUUUGGUAUUUCCAUUGGUUUAUAAACUUAUUGAGCUAGCUUUGAUAUUGCCGGUGUCGACAGCAUCCGUUGAAAGAGCUUUUUCAGCAAUGAAGAUUAUCAAGUCUAAAUUGCGCAAUAAGAUCAACGAUGUGUGGUUCAAUGACUUGAUGGUAUGUUACACCGAGCGGGAGAUAUUCAAGUCACUUGAUGAUAUUGAUAUUAUUCGAACAUUUACCGCAAAGAAGUCUCGGGAAGGACACUUGCCUCGUAAUUUUAUUUAA